AUGCACCAUAUGCGUCCUCAGUUCCUCCAGAACCGAUCCAGCCCUACUUUAGACGCUGUCGCCCUCGCCCCAGUCACCUCAACACCCCCGACGCAACCUUCAGCCCAGCGUCAGUGGCAACGCCCUCUUAACGCUGGCGACCCAUUCCGCCACCUCGCCUCGUUCUGCGACCGUCAACCCGGCCCGAUUCCCAGCGUAUCGCGUAUACAACGAUGCAAGCUGCUCGCCUGCCCUGUCGGCCAGAGCCUGUGUGGCUCUAAGAUUCGGCGGGUGGUGGUCGUGGUGUAUUUCGCUGCCAACUCGAGCGCUCCAAUGGCGAUUCCUAGCAAACUUGAAAACGGGAUCUUCAGCACGUCCUCCCUUGGUCUUUUACUUACUGCAGCCCAUCCCAAGGCGUCGGACCACGGAGCGCGCACGUUUUCAAUGGUGAUUUCCCGGACUCGGUGGAUUGCAGUCCCAAAUCACGGCAUAUUGCAUAUCCCUGACGAAUAUUGCAGCCGAGUCAAAGAUAAGUCAACGGAUGAAGAUCGGAGCACGUCAUUCGUAAGGUUUACGCACAACUACCAAAUGGUCCGCUCUUCCAGACACUGCGGAAGCAUGGAUUCUAGAGCCCAUGAAGUAGCCCAAGUAUUGUCUCAAGAUGCCACCCAAAAAGACCAAGAGAACAAGUCCCCUCGAGCGGAGAUCGCACUACUCAAAUACUCCGGUCCUCUGAAAAUCCUUGGUCCCAAGAAAUACGGCGGAGGCGAACAGCCCUGGGACGUGAGAUAA